AUGAUGUUGGUGCUGUUCCAACCAAUUGUGGUUACAAUAUUAAUAGAUAUGUACUCAUGUUGGCAGAAGAGUGACAUGUUCAAUAUAAUCAGACACAGCACCAUCUUGGGACCCUUUUUAGGGGCAUUUUUCAAGAUGUUUCUGAUGCACUACAAGAGAGCUGAGGUUAAACGCAUUAUAGAUGAAAUCAACGACGAUUACCUCACAUACAAUAACUACAAUCACGAACUAAAACAGAUCGCAUUGGAGUCCAUAAAGAGCAGCGUGUUCUUUGUCGAGCAGCUCUGGACUUAUACCGUCACUGCGUGCAUUAUGGCAUUCCCAGUCAUGGGAAUCGUGUUAACGUUUAUCAGCCACCUAACCCAAAGCGAGCCCAAGAAAUACAUGGUGCACGAUUUGAAGAUACCUUUUCGACCGCCAGAGGACAGAUUCGAGACGCCCUUCUUUGAGAUAAUGUUUGUUUAUAUGUUUCUGGCUGCGAUUAUUUGCGUUUUGAAUUAUGUGUCGUACGAUGGACUCUUUGGACUGGCGUGCUACCAUGCCUGUUUGAAGAUGAGGAUGUUCAGCAAGAAGUUGGAAUACGUCUUCCAGUGUAAGGAUGGCGAUGCGUACAGCCGAUUGGUGCAGGUUAUUGAAGAGCAGAAGGCGACAUAUGAAUAUAACGCACUCGUUCAAAACUCUUUUGACAUAUGGCUCGGAACAAUUGUUAUAAGUACUAUGAUACAACUCGGAUCACUGCUGUUCCAUAUAUCUGCUGGGUAUGGAUUCGAUUUCCGGUAUAUGCUGUUCAGUUGCACUUCUGUCGUCCACAUUUUCCUGCCCUGCACGUACGCUUCUAAACUAAGGAAUACGUCUGUGGAGACGUCCACGUUGAUGUAUUGCAGCGGCUGGGAGCGGAGCCGGGAGCGUCGCAUAGUGCGCGUGAUGCCGUUUCUACUGGCGCGCGCGCAGAUCGCCAGCCGUAUCACUGCCUUCUACUUGUUCGAUGUGGAUAUGCAACUGUUUGUCACGAUGAUGCGAACUUCGUACACGAUAUUCACGUUGCUGAGAACUUAA